CUGUAAUUCACGGCCCGGGUAAAGACUCCAGCCUCAGGCCACGCUCAUGACGUCUCACGCGAGAGGCUGAGCCCGAGCAGCGAAAGGAAGUAGCCGCCGCUGGAGGUUUCCGGAGCAGUCGCUUUCCGGCGUUGAGCGCUGAGCCUCAUGGAUUUGAAUCUGCAGUUUUGGAGAAGCGAGGGCAAAACCUUUUUUCAAAGAUUUCGUCAUUGGACAGAUAUUUUGGAUCCAACGUUCCUGUUUAUCUCCAGUGAGGAAAUUGAAAAAGCUAGAACACUUUUGCAGGCUAGUGAAGAAAAUAUCACAGAGUCCUUACGGGACAAAAAGAUAAAUGAAGCUUGGAAACUAAGUCUGGCCUCUGUCAAUUCUGGUACUGGUGAAACAAUUCCUGCCUUAUUGAGGCCUCCAGCUUUCUUUCCCUUUACUGUUCCACUGGUCAUUGCUGUUAUAUUACCGCACAGACAGACACGGCACGCGCUUAUGUGUCAGUUCCUUUUCCAUACAUAUACUAGUGGAUUCAGCUUGGCAAAUGGGAAUUCUCUAAAAGAAUCCAAUGGGACACCUACAGAAAAGGAGAUUGCGCACAAGCAGUUACUACUUGCUGUUGGGGCAGUCACGUAUUCCUCCUGCAUGGGAGUUAUUCCUCACUACAUGUUAACUCGCUAUAAACCAAAAGCUCCUUUUGUGCAACUCCUCUGCAAGAACAUCAUACCAGGUCCACUUACAGCCCUCCUGUGUGCAUUUAAUGUGACAGUAAUUAGAAACAGUGAGCUUGAAAAUGGGAUUGAAGUCAUGGAUAGCAAAGGGCAAGUCAUUGGAAUGUCUCAGAUAGCUGGAAGAAAGGCUGUAGAAGAAACUGCGUUAUCCAGAGCAGCAGUGUUUGCUACGGCAAUGUUUAUUCCAGAUAUUGCUCUACACUUCAUAAAACGCACAGGUACUUUAUUUCGAAAUCCACUUGUCGGAACUCCAGUGAGAUCUAUUUUGACGAUUUUAGUCCUUGGAACAAUGAUACCUGCUUCGUUCAGUUGGAUGCCACAGGUUGGCAAGAUAAAAAGAAGUGAACUUGAACCUGAAAUCGCCUCCUCCACUGAAGAAACGGAACUCUUCUACAACAGAGGAGUUUAAUGUGGGCCCUUGAUAACUUAUCAGGAAUGAUUUUCCUGUUAAAAUGAAGUUAUAUAUUCAGACUUUUAAUUUUUAAACUGACAUCAUCGUUUUUUGUAUUUUUGUCCUAUAAAGCUGUCAGUAAUGUUGAAACAAAUUGACAUUUGAUCAGAUCCAAUUUCAGUACAUUUUUAAUGCAAAAUCUCUACCUUUUGACAUAAUCAUGUAUGAAAACUAUAUUUUGUUGGGGAAACUCCCAACAUGCCUUUCAGUAGAACCAAGGUUUAAUUUUGUGAUCUACCUGUGUGUAUCCAUUGAAAACCUAUGACAGAAAACAAAAAGUUGAUAAAAGGUUUCCCUGCCCCCCAUUGAUGCUUUCAGUGAGUGCUACAUUAGUGAAAUCCUCUGAAGACACUUAAGAUGCUGGAUUAGUUGAGAUGGAUACUUUCUGAAGCUUUGGUUAAGCUUCAGAAAGAUUAUGUAAAUUGUUCCGCAAUUUAUCCAAUGGUGAGAAUUUUGUUACUUGGUGUGGGUCUUUUGCUGUCUUGCUGUUGCUAAACUUCCUUACCUCUUCACUAAACCAUUCACAGCUUGCUGCCUCUGAAUAGCUUUCAACAAUAGGAAACAAAGCCAGAAUACUUUUUUUGUAGAAGGUGCUAAAAGUGAGGCAAAUUUGGGGUAGAGGCACUUGAGCAGAAGUAGCAAUUAUAAUAUCCUCCAGAUGUUGCUGGACAACAACUCCCAUCAUCCCUGGCUGUACUCAUGGGAGCUGGCAUCAGAAACACCUGAAGGGCAACAGGUUCCACAGCCCUGAUUUGAGCAAUGUUCACAUAUGCGUUCUUGUGCAAGUGUUUCAUUCAAAAACUUCUGCUAUCAAAACUGUUAAGUUGCAUUGAACAUUUUUUAAAGCGGGGACAGAAAAGUGUGGGAAGCAAAAUCUUAUCCCAUAAGUACACGUUACCUGCCAAAGUACUUAAUCUAGCUGGUUACACGUUAUUCACAAGACUGGAUAUAUAGAAUCCUCUUAAUUAUUUUUAGUUGCACCUGUGCAGCCAGGAGUCAGUCUUAAUGUAUCAUCUCCAGCAGUUACAGAUGGAAGAAAAUGCUUUUCUGCUUAAUAUUCAGGAACUAGUACUUGAAGAAUCAACACAUAUGUGUCUACAGAGCUUAUUUUAUAUCCAUUAUUUCUUUACUGUUAUCACUGUAAGGUCCACUCCAGUUACUAGUACAAAUAUAAAUCGUAUCAUUAACUAUCAA